AUGGAUGCAUUUGAAAAGUGGUCGCAGGGUGUGUGGCCCCAAAGAUUCCAGGCGCUUCCGGAAGGCGAGCCAACGCUCCCCAGGCCCGUCCCCGAGCGGGUGGGCCUAGGCCUUGGAGGAUCUGGGGUGGGGGUGGUGCAGGGUCCAGGCCCGGGGCGCCGAGAGGUGGCGGGUCUGGCUGCCCACGCCCAGACGCUCGAGGUGAGCGGGCGCCGAGGCGGGGCGGGGCCGCCGCGUCCCCGUGAGGCGCGGGCUAACCAGGCGGCGCCGCGGCCCCGUCUCCCUGCGCCGCCGCCGCCCCGCCUCCCUGCGCCGCCGCCGCCGCCCCGCCUCCCUGCGCCGCCGCCCCGCCUCCCUGCGCCGCCGCCGCCGCCGCCCCGCCUCCCUGCGCCGCCGCCGCCGCCCCGCCUCCCUGCGCCGCCGCCGCGCCGCCGCCCACGCCAGCAGCCGGGCCCGAUCACCUGCCGCCCGGUGCUUGUCGCCGCCCGCGCCACCCGCAUGGCGCUCCGGGGCUUCUGCGGCGCGGAUGGCUCCGACCCGCUCUGGGACUGGAAUGUCACGUGGUAUACCAGCAACCCCGACUUCACCAAGUGCUUUCAGAGCACAGUCCUCAUGUGGGUGCCUUGUUUUUACCUCUGGGCCUGUUUCCCCUUCUACUUCCUCUGUCUCUCCCGACAUGACCGGGGCUACAUUCAGAUGACACUUCUCAACAAAACCAAAACUGCCUUGGGAUUUUUGCUGUGGAUCGUCUGCUGGGCAGACCUCUUCUACUCUUUCUGGGAAAGAAGUCGGGGCAUAUUCCUGGCCCCAGUGUUUCUGGUCAGCCCAACUCUCUUCAGCGUCACCAUGCUGCUUGCUACCUUUUUAAUUCAGCUGGAGAGGAGGAAGGGGGUUCAGUCUUCAGGGAUCAUGCUCACUUUCUGGCUGGUAGCCCUACUGUGUGCCCUAGCCAUCCUGAGAUCCAAAAUUAUGACAGCCUUAAAAGAGGAUGCCCAGGUGGACCUGUUUCGUGACAUCACUUUCUACGUCUACUUUUCCCUCUUACUCAUUCAGCUCGUCUUGUCCUGUUUCUCAGAUCGCUCACCCCUGUUCUCGGAAACCAUCCACGACCCUAAUCCUUGCCCAGAGUCCAGCGCCUCCUUCCUGUCCAGGAUCACCUACUGGUGGAUCACAGGGUUGAUUGUGCGGGGCUACCGCCAGCCCCUGGUGGGCAGUGACCUCUGGUCCUUAAACAAGGAGGACACGUCGGAACAAGUCAUGCCUGUUUUGGUAAAGAACUGGAAGAAGGAAUGUGCCAAGACUAGGAAGCAGCCGGUGAAGGUGGUGUACUCCUCCAAGGAUCCUGCCCAGCCAAAAGAGAGUUCCAAGGUGGAUGCGAAUGAGGAGGUGGAGGCUUUGAUUGUCAAGUCCCCACAGAAGGAGUGGAACCCCUCCCUGUUUAAGGUGUUAUACAAGAUCUUUGGGCCCUACUUCCUCAUGAGCUUCUUCUUUAAGGCCAUCCACAACCUGAUGAUGUUUUCUGGGCCGCAGAUCUUAAAGUUGGUCAUCAAGUUUGUGAAUGACGCGAAGGCCCCAGACUGGCAGGGCUACUUCUACACCGUGCUGCUGUUCGUCACUGCCUGCCUGUAGACCCUCGUGCUGCACCAGUACUUCCACAUCUGCUUCGUCAGUGGCAUGAGGAUCAAGACCGCUGUCAUUGGGGCUGUCUAUCGGAAGGCCCUGGUGAUCACCAGCUCAGCCAGAAAAUCCUCCACAGUCGAGGAGAUCGUCAACCUCAUGUCUGUGGACGCUCAGAGGUUCAUGGACUUGGCCACAUACAUUAACAUGAUCUGGUCAGCCCCCCUGCAAGUCAUCCUUGCUCUCUACCUCCUGUGGCUGGUGUGUGUUUGACACCGUUUCCCUUUGCAUGCAGGGAGGGACUUCUACGUGUGGGCAGUGGGCUGAGGGAGUGGGUGUUGAUGGUAAUGGCAUGUAUAGCUCCCUGGCAGUUCCGGCUGUGGUUCAUAUUUUAUUUUCCAGCCUGUUAACCAAUUCCUUGGUAUUUUGUUCCUUUCCUGAAUUGUCAGGUUGAUGUUCUCCUUGGUGGCAUGGCGUUUUCAUUUUCUCUUUCCUUGAUAGUGUCAGUAAUUAACUACCCUACAAUGGACACAUCACAUUUCUCCCCUUGAAUCCUCCCGAACGCUAACCAGACUCACUUAUUCACUAGUCCCUAAUUAUGGUGGUCAAGAUUCUCUCAAUUGCAAGGGAUAUAAAUCUAUCUUAAAGUGGCCUAAGUGGCCGGUUGCGGAGGCUCACGCCUGUAAUCCCAGCACUUUGGGAGGCCAAGGUGGGCAGAUCACCUGAGGUCACGAGUUCGAGACCAGCCUCAACGUGGAGAAACCCCAUCUCUACUAAAAAUACAAAA